AUGAAAGCAUCUUAGCAACGCGUUGCCACGUUUUAUUAACCCAUCCUCGACUCUCAUCCCAUUUUACAGUUUCCCACCGUCACUUUUCCUUAACGGCGAAGCCAUCGCCGAAAAGGGCACAACCGUCAUUCCCACCCCCAAACCGUUUCUUCAAUUCUCCUCUCUCCCAUCCCAGUAAAAAGGAGAGGAAUCGAAGCUGUUCCGUUCUCAUCGGAAAGGGGAAAACGGUAACGGAGAUGGGACUUCUGUCUAACAGAGUAACUAGAGAGAGCCUGAAACCAGGGGAUCACAUCUACUCUUGGAGGACUGCGUAUAUAUAUGCUCAUCACGGCAUCUAUGUCAGUGAUGACAAAGUCAUUCACUUCACUAGACGUGGCCAAGAAGUAGGAACCGGUACUGCACUAGAUCUUCUCCUCAUUAGUUCAGGACCAGCCAAGUCUCGAGAAAGUUGCCCUACUUGUAUGGCACCCCAAGAGGAACACGGGGUUAUCUCCUCAUGCCUGAACUGCUUCCUAGCUGGUGGGGUCCUGUAUCGGUUCGAGUAUGCCGUUACCCCUGCCCUCUUCCUUGCAAAAGCCCGCGGUGGAACAUGUACUCUUGCAGUCUCUGAUAGUGAUGAUAUCGUCAUCCAUCGAGCAAAAUACCUGCUCGAAAAUGGCUUUGGGUGCUAUAAUGUUUUCAAGAAAAACUGUGAAGACUUUGCUAUCUAUUGCAAAACCGGGCUCCUAGAAAUCGGACAAAGUGGCCAAGCAGUUUCCAUCAUAGGGGGACCUCUUGCUGCUGCUCUAUCCUCGCCCCUCCGUAUGGUUACUACUAACGUUUAUGGAAUGGCAGCGACGGCGGUUGGAGUCUACUGUGCUAGUAGGUAUAUGGCAGACAUUGGAAUGAGGCCUAAUGCGGUGAAGGUACCGGUUGAACAGUUAACCACAAGGUUGGCCACUGGCUUGCUGCAAGUGGUUGAACCCCAAAUUCCAACGAAUAUUUCUCGUCAAUCUCCUCAGCUUGUUACUCAAUGAUUAAGCAUUGUCUUUGUUUAAAAUAUAUUUGCCUAAGAAUGUCCCGGGUAUGUGAAUCACAUGCUCUUCUUUUUUCAAUCCGGGUCUGUAAGAGAUAAAUUUAUUUGAAUGGUGCUAUGGAUUUGAAUAAUUUAUUUUGCUGUUUGAACUUUUCUUGCA